AUGGUACAAAUCCAACCAGUAAACAAUCAGAAAGAAUCCGCCUACCUCAAUGAUGACUAUUCUUCUGAACAAUCGUCCAGUUUAAUCUCCUCCUCUGAAAAGUCCUUCAGUGUUUCCUUCAAAUUUUGUAUCAUUGCCACUACUUCCUCACUAGUUGCAUUUAGCAUAAUCAUCUUGACAGGUAUCUGGUUAGCAAGUAUCACUUCCACCUCAUUGGAAAUGUCAACAACUUUGAGAGAGAAUGAAUUCUUCAAGAUUCGUCAAUUUUGUCUUCAAUUAAUUCAAGAUGUUUAUACAGUUUCAAAUACGGUUACUGGUCAAUUAGGUGUUCAGUUCAAUUCUUCCUCAGAUAAUGAAAAGGCGCUGUCAAUGUACCGUCUUUACAAGUCAGAAAUUAGCUCAUCUCACAAGUCAAUUGUGGCAACUUUGUUUAUUGCUGAUCCACAAGCAACCCUUGUUGGUUUAUACAUUUUUGGAGGAAAACCAGUCAAGUUUAAGGCAACUCAGCAUGUUUCCCUUGAUUUAUACUAUUGUAAUGAUGUAGAGAAUUACGAUUAUUGUAAUUCAAAUUCGAAACCUGAUUUAUCACUUCCUGCUUUUGAUAAUUCGAGACCUGUUGUUGCGUGUAAUGAAAAUCCGAAUGGAACUUUCUUUUUACCUUCAUUCGCUGAUGUUACUUUGCCUGAUUAUAUGUUUCUUACAUUGAUUUAUUGUUUUCAGGGAGAUAGUGUCAGUAGAGUUUCGUCUGGUUUCAAAUACUUGUUUGCUUAUCAAUUGUCUUCGAAUACAUUGUCUGAAUUCUUGAUUAGUAGUACCAAGUCAGUUGUUUCAAGUGUUGCUUUGGUUAUGGAAAUAGAUACAGGUUAUGUUGUGGCAACCAAUAUGGAAAACUCAAAACUGUCAGUUUUGGAUAACAGUGGAAACAUCAAAAGAAAGGGAUUGCUCGACUUGACAGAUCCUGAUCAAUUCGAUGUUUCCUCAUAUGUUUACAAUCAAUUCAAAACAAAUUACAAAAACUCAAUUGAGUGCAAUUCAAACAUGUACUUUUCCACAAGUACAAGAUACAUUUCCGUAUAUAGAAUGUGCAAGGGAAUCGACUGGUUACUCAUUUACUCAGUUCCAAUUUGGAAUUAUACAGGUAGCUUAGUAAUUGCAGUUGUUUGUGCCAUUUCUGGAGGUUUACUUAUUUUGGUGUUUAGUGCCAUUUUAGGAGUGGUCUUAUCUGUGAGAAUUGUAGCUCCAUUUAAGAAUUUAAUAAUGAUGUUUAAUAAUGUUUCGAACAUGGAUUUGGAUUCUUUAAAUUUGGAUUCCAGUCGUUUCAAUGAAGUUCAGCAAUUGCAAUACCAUUUCAUGUCAAUGGUCAGACAAAUCAAACUCUACAGAUCCUUCUUGCCCUCUCAUUUAUUAGCUCAAAUUGAUAAUAAUGAAAAUGAUGGAAACGAAACUAAUCAACCAAAAGAUCAACAAGUUGAAAAACACGAAACUGCCUCCAAAUCUUCCAAAUCCUUCUCUAGUCACCAAUCUAGUCACCAAAUUUCCAAUUCCUCAUCUUCCAUGUUAAAACACAAAGGACACAUCAAUAGAUUCGAAUUGUAUUUAGAACACAAAUCUAGUACUGCACUAGCUCUCUAUAUCAAAGGACUUUCUCAAUUAUUUGCUCAACAUUUAAAGACAGAAAAGGAAAUCCUACAUGUUCUUAAAGAGAUUUUUGAAAUUACCAAUUCAGUUUCCACACAAUUUAACGCCCAAAGAGGAAAUUUAGAAAAUGACACAAUUAUUUUGACAUUUAACACUUCCAUAAAUGUUAAUCAUCAUGAAUUGAAAGCAGUUGAAGCAGCUAACGUAUUACAAGGCAAAUUACAAAAACUUUCUGAAAAAUGGAACUCUAGUAUUGAUACUGAACUAUUUUACAAUCAACUUAACUUUCGAAUUGCAAUUUGUAAUGAUAAUACUUUUUGUGGAAAUGUUGGAAGUCAUGAUUGUAAGAAUUUUACAAGUAUUUCAUGUUUGAAACCUCAUUUAGUGAGCUUGUUUGCUAAAUCUCAAUCCAUGAAUGUCCAAAUUAUUCUUUCAGAUGCAAUUUAUAAGAAAGUUUCGUCCAAAUUCGAAACUAGAUGUAUUGGAAAGAUUGAUUGGUUGAGUGGAAAGAAUGAAUUCAGUCUUUUCCCUUCAAUUGACCAAACCAAUGAACCACCACACCUUACUCAUGUCCACGAAUUAGGAAAUUCAUUGACAAUCCAAAUGGACGAAUGGUUAUACGAAUUGGAACAAAAAGAAAAAUCAAGCAAAUGGAAAGUUUACAAUGCAGCAAUUGAUUGUUUUGAAAAGAAUGAAUUUGAACAGGCAAAACAAUUUUUUGAGGAGUUUUUGAGUAAAAAUCCGCAAGAUAUUCCAACUUUGCACAUGAUUAGAGAAUGUGAUUUGAAACUAUAG